AUGACGUCCAUCACUAUUUCAGACAUCGAGGUUGCUGCAACACCGGCCCAGCUAGUCAAGGCCACAUCGGUCUCCGGGUCAACCCCCGCUUCACCCAAGGAGGGCGACCCGGUCAUCUCACUCUAUCAGCCGACCUCAGGGACCGCGUUCGACCCCCGCUGCCGGCACGCCCUUCUGCUCUCUACAGCCGAAACGUCCCGCAAUCCCCUCUUCCACCAGGCCUGCAUCUACAACUCGGAGCAUGACGAGCUGUAUGUCACCUCCGACCUGCUGCAGACCACCAGCACCAGCUCCCUGCCCGUCGUGCUCAUCUCGCGCGUGAACCUCCGCCGCAGGAGCAGGCCCCACGGCGGCGGCCAUGCCGGCACCACGGACGAGGAUGACGACGACCCGGUCGGCGGCAGCGACGACGAUGUCGUCGCGGUCGAGUGGCAGAAGCUGCGGCCCCCGCACAGCAUGACGAUGCCGGCCGGCGGCGCGCGGUACCCCGGGUACCCCGGCGGGAUGGUGUUCUGCUCGCAGGGCAGCCUGGCCGAGGGGAGCACGGGCGGGCUGUACUUCAUGCCGAGGGGCAAGCCGCCCGAGGCGCUAGUGACGGGCUUCUACGGGCGCGACUUCAACUCGCCGCACGACGUCGCCGUGGCCGCGCGGGACGGGGCGCUGUGGUUUACGGACCCGUGCCGCGGCUUUGAGCGGGGGUUUCGCCCGAGGCCGGUGCUGCCCUGCCGCGUGUACAGGUUCCACCCGGAGUCUGAGGACCUUAGGGUCGUGGCGGAUGGGUUGGUCCGGCCUAUGGGGAUUGCUUUCAGCCCGGAUGAGAGUACGGUGUACAUCACUGAUGCGGAUGCCAUCAGGGGCGAGGGCGACAUGGAACCCCCGAGGGCUUCGACCAUAUUUGCCUUUGAUGUGGUGAUGAGGGCCGAUUCGCCAUUCCUCGCCAACAAGCGCGUCUUCGCCGUGCCAACUACAGGGAUACCGGCCAGCAUAAAAUGUGACCCAAACGGGUUUGUAUACGCUGGUUGUUCUGGCGGCAUAGAGAUCUGGAACUCGGGCGGUAUGCUCCAGGCUGUUGUCGAAAUACCCGCCCCCGACGAGCGGCCGUAA